UUCGAUUCUUCCCGGAGCCGAGACGCACUUCGCGGCCGGGCCAGCGCAGCGCCAUGGCGGACCCGCCGGUAUGCUCCUUCAUCACCAAAAUCCUGUGCUCCCACGGGGGCCGCAUGGCCCUGACCUCGCUGCUCGACGAGAUCAAGCUCUCCGAGGCGCAGCUCUGCGAGGUGCUGGAGGCGGCCGGGCCCAACCGCUUCUUGGUGUUGGAGACCGGAGACAGGGCUGGGGUCACCCGGUCCGUGGUGGCCACUACCUCAGCCCGAAUCUGCCGUCGCAAGUACUGCCCGAAAGGCUGCGAAAACCUGCACCUCUGCAAGCUCAAUCUGCUGGGCCGGUGCCACUAUUCGCAUGCGGAGCGGAGCUUAUGCAAAUACUCUCACAACAUUCUCUCAGAAGAGAACUUUAAAAUCCUGGAACAACAUCAGAUCUCUGGACUGAACAAGGAAGAGUUAGCAGUGCUUCUCAUCCAGAAUGACCCGUUUUUUAUGCCUGAGAUAUGCAAAAGUUAUAAGGGAGAAGGUCGAGGAAAGAUCUGUGACAAGCAGCCACCGUGUGAAAGGCUCCACAUCUGUGAACACUUCACGCGCGGGAAUUGUAGUUUUGCCAACUGCCUCAGGUCUCAUAACCUGAUGGACAGAAAGGUGCUGGCGAUCAUGAGGGAGCAUGGACUGGGCCCGGACGUGGUGCAAAACAUCCAGGACAUCUGCAACAACAAGCACAGCCGGAAGAAGCACGGGCUCAGAGGUCCUCCCUCACAUCAUCGGGACGCUGCGCGUAGAGGUAGAGGCAACCCGGUGUACAGAGGUAGAAGCAAGAGUCGAGAUCGAUUCUUUCAGUGUCAGGAAUUUCUCCCACCGUCCCCAGCUUCGACGGAGAGGUCUGGCACACCUAGUCCCGAUCGAAUAGGCCGCAGAUCUCCCCUGGAUGAUGUGCCCGUUGAGGAUCUCACCUUCAAGUUCAGGCAUUUGGGAAGCCAAGAUGGCCCUCCGCCUUCCUCUGCCUCCUCGAAGGCUGCCCAUGUGGGAGGAGCCGGCCAAGUGGGAGGAAGCCAGAGGUUUUCGGAGAAUGGCAACCUGGAGAGCCUGUUUUAUGGCAACCACGGCAGCACUCAGCCCACCUCUGAUUUCACGUCAGCUUCCAACUGGAAGGCCCCCACGCCCUGGCUGAAUGACCGAGACACCAGUGGUAAGACCGUAACCACCAGUAAAAGCACGGGCAUACAUCCCUCGGGCCUCGUGAAUGUCGAGGGCAGAAGCGGGACUCAAGAUGUCCAGCAUUUCCCGCGUUUUAAUAAUAAUUUUGAUGGAAUGGCCACAGAUAUCACUUCCAUGAGUUCUCUAAGUUACCGAACAGCAGCUAGCACACAGAGAGAAAAAUCGUUACCUCGGAAUCAGGAAAGUGGAACUACUUACCCGAAUCUCAGCACCAUCAUUCCAGAUGACGGCAAACACAGAGAGAAGGCAUUUUGGGCUAGUGAGUCAGUCCACGUGGCACCAAAUGGCCCUAGUAAAGUUGCGUAUGAAACUACGGGUGCGACUGGUUUUGGCUUAACAUCGGCAACCAGAGUGUAUAACGAUGUGGUGCACUCCAGAAGUCAGAGUCUGAGAACCCAGGACCUGCCCAGCCCUGGGGAGACCGUGGGCCUCACACAAGUCAGCGCUCUGCCCAGCGCGCCGCCUGUGACGCCAUCCUCCCACAGUAGAGCCACAGCCUGUGAGGCCUAUGGCCAGAACUCCCCUCAGAUCUCUGUCACCCCUGCCAGGGAGCCUGCAAGGAGGACCCCAGGCUGUGACCUGAAUUCCAUGUCCAACGUCACAAGUACCAAGGAUGAUCAUGGCUCAAAGGAAAUUUGUCUUGACCAUCUGAAUAAGUGUUGUCAACUUAAAAGCUGCAACAAAGUUCACUUCCACCUGCCCUACCGGUGGCAGAUGUCAAUUGCAAACAACUGGAUGGACCUCCAGCCCAUGGAGAAAAUUGAGGAGGCCUAUUGUGACCCCAGAAUCUGCGUCAUUUCUCUAGGAACUUUAAAGCUGAAUUUCCGGGAUAUGACUUGUAAUUGUAAUCCCAUCCGUCGGAUCUCCACGCCUUCCUCUGUCAUGAACCCGCACAGUGUCUUCACCACAAAAUGGAUUUGGUAUUGGAGGAGUCGACUUGACAGUUGGGUUCAGUACGGAGAGAAGGGAGGCAGCCAGCAGAUUUCGAGCAUUGACUCUUCGUACCUGGAGUCCUUGUUCCUGUGCUCUCCGAGGAGCAUUGUGCCGUUUCAGGCAGGCCGACAGAACUACGAGCUGAGUUUCCAAGGGAUGAUUCAGACAAACAUAGCUUCCAAGACCCAAAAGGAUGUCAUCAGAAGGCCAACAUUUGUGUCUUCCUGGGACGUGGUGCACAUGAAAAAUGGGUCAGACCAUCAGCCGGUGCAGACCCAGCCAGAGACUUUAGCCUCGACAAGUCUUCCUCAGUGGAAGGUAUCCUCCGCCCCGCAGGAUGUUUAUGAGUUGUUAGAGAUCAGUAACCAUCUCAUGGAAUAUACCACAAUAAGUGAGCAUUUUAAAGCGACUAUGAAAACUUUCAAGAUUGAAAAGAUCAGGAAGAACAAGAAUGUACAACUCUUGAAUGCUUAUAGAAGGAAAAAAGAGCAGAUGAAGAAUAGCAAUGAAAAAAUCCUAUUUUGUGCCACGAGCCGCGCCCACGUGGCUUCAAUCUGUGCAAAUAAUUUUGACUGGACCAAGCACGGGACUCCUGAUACCAGAUAUGGAAAAGGAAAUUACUUUAUGAAAGAUGCCAUUGCUGCCCAUAGAAACUGCCAUUACGAUCCCAAAAACAUCAUUAUGUUUGUCGCCCGGGUCCUGGUCGGAGAUUUCAUUGAAGGAAACAGGAGUUACGUGAGCCCUCCUUCACUGUAUGACAGCUGUGUGGAUACAAGGUUCAACCCUUCCGUUUUCGUUAUCUUUCAGAAAGACCAGAUUUACCCGGAAUACCUGAUUGAGUAUACGGAAUCAGAUAAAGCCUGCGUAAUUAGUUAGAAAUGAUGGCUACACUGUCCUAAAGGGUGCCGAAACCAUUCCAUUCGCUUACAGAAGGAGAUUUGCCGCCGAUCCAAGUUAGACUUUUUUGCAUUUCCUCCCCUAGUUAUCGAAUGCCUCGGAUCAGUGGUUCCCAAACUUUGCUGCACAUUUGAGUCAUCUGGAAAUUUUACACAAUCCCGAUGUCCAAAAUGCAUCCCCUUCCAACUAAAUCACUGUUUCUGCUGGUGUGAGCCAGGCUGCAGCUACGUCUCUGACAGUUUGGGAGCCACUGCCUUGGAUGUAACUGGGAAAGACUGAUUCUACAGCUUCUGCAGUCGAAGCAACCUUUCUCUCCCAACCACUCCUGCAGUUGACUGUAAGGCAUGGUUUUGCUGUGGUUAAGUUGAAAAAAAAAAAAUUAACUUAGGAACUUUGCGAGAAAUCUAAAAAUGCCUGUGGAAAUAAGGACUUAAGACAGUACAUCUAUGGGUGGAAGAUUGUGAAAAGUUGGGUUAGAAGUGUUUAGGAAUAUGCAGUGGGGAAGAAAAGGUAAUUUAAAUGCCAUUACAGACAUAGCUACAGCGCUGUACCUUUGUAGUGAAACUGAUUAGAGGCAUACAUUUCGUUAUCUCGACGUUUAUUUAGUGGGGCUCCGUACAGGUCGACUCUGGAAUUCAGUGAGAAAAGUUGCCAAGUGUGUCUCAGAGAGAAGUGCCAACUCGAAUUAAUGGCCCAUUUGGGCCAUUAUACCCAGUAUGAUUCCAGAGAAGGCCUUUUCCAGGUUGGACUUUGAUGAAGUGUGUGUAUUUUGGGAGCACUGAGUUGCGGUAGCCAGAGUCACAUAGUCAUGACCGGUAAUCCUGAGUGUUCUGUCGUCGUUUGCGAUGUUUGCGAUGGCCGGCAAGGCUCCCCUGGGAUGUAGGGGCAGGGCCCUCCUGUUGAUGGGUGGGCACCCUGAGGAGGCGGGAUUUGUGUCCUGGGGAGCACAGAAUCAGAACAAAGAAAACAAUGGCUCCAACGGGUCCCUUCAAGGGGCUUCUUUCUCUAAAUGGAACGGAUUGUAGGGAAUUGUAGUACAGUCAGUUUUUAGAGCAGUUGUGGUGUGUGGACCAAGGUUCUUACUAUGAAUCAGGUUUUUCUUUUCAGUUUUAAAGCAUUCCACCCCAAUCUCCACAAUUUCUUGUUAUAGUUCCUUCCAGCAGGGAGCAUGUUACGAAAAUUCAUUAGCAAUCAAAAUUUUGUAUGUCAGAUUUUUGAUCGGUGCAAAGCACGCUACCAGUCCUUGGCUUAGAGAGCCCCACUAGUAACAAAUGUAUAGAGGUUUUUGGGCGUAGGGUUAGUUUCUAGGAGGCUUGCCACAAAUAGUCUCAUUUACUUAUUUUUUUUUUUCAUGGUAGCUUCUGUUUUGGAGUUUUCAUUUCCUGAUCUUGACCCUCAUGUUGCAGAGAUGCAGUUUAUCCAACUCUAUCCUACUGCCCUUUAGACAUCUCUGGUGGGAUAUUUCACAAGCAUCUCUAUGGCAGCAUGCCCAAGACGGGAUUCCCGGGCAGCCUCCCUCAAACGAACUGGUUCCUUCCCCCGUAGUCUGUAUGGAAAUCUACGGUAUCAACUUCUACACAGCUGCUCAGGCAGAAAUCCAGAAGUUGUCCCGACCCCUCCCUCUGCCUUCCCCUAGGCUCCUAAGCUGUUCCCAAGUUGUUUUCCCUCGUAAAUAUCUUUGUCCCCUUCUAAGUUGCUCUUUACUGAGCAAGAAUGGCCAUAUUGAAAAAAUGUUUACUUCAUAAUCUUUCAAAACACAAAUCUCAUCACACCUUUAGAAUAAGGUUCAAAAUCAUUAUCACGGCCCCAGGUGCUCUCUCCUUUCCCUCCCCUCCUUCAUUUAUCUUUUCAUUCACCAUGGGCUUUCUGGCAGGCCUUUGGUAGCCUUUUCACAUAGAUCAGUGGUUCUCAACUAGCAUUCCUGCCUUUUUUUUUUUUUUUAAAUGACAAGUACUUUGUAACAUCUGCUUUAUCAUCCUCAAAAUGCAAUUCAGUGGUAACACAUCUACACAGCAUUUUAGAAAUAAGUUUAAAAUUAAGGAAUAGGAACAUAAAAGGGAUUUGAAAAGUACCCAACUUGGGCACGAUUAUACUACAAGACCUAAUUAAGUAGUCAGAUGUUUACACCUACGUACAAUGACUAAUUUGAACUUAAAAGAAGGGAGGAGCUCAGAAGCUAGUUUGUACAAAGAAGUAUGGGAAAAUAAAACAGCGGGGAUACAAGUGGACAUUAGAAUAAAAAGCAGCGAUGCAAUAACUCAUUUGCUUAUGCUAGUACGUAUUUCUAUAAGAACACCUUCAGUGAAAUAAACAUACAUUGCAAGGAAAUCUACAGAUUGUCGAAAUGGAGAAAAUGAGGGACGUAUAUUUUUGCAGACGUGCCGUAGAUCAUACAGGAAUGUCUAGUGAGACAUUCAGAAUUCGUAUAGGGUGUAGGGUAGUUCCUUACUGUGAGGGACUGUCCAAUGUAUUGCAAAAUGUUGAGCAUACUUGGCCCUCACAUACUAAGUGGCAGCAGCGCCCUUCCUUUCCCCCAGUUGUGGUGACAACCACAAACCCUACCAGAUCUCGUCACCUUUUUCAGAGCAGAUAUUUUGUAAUAUCCCUUUCACUGUCCUGAGGUGAUUCCUAGAUAAUGCAAUCUAUUUAUACACAUGCCUUUCUUUAAAAAUCCAUUUGUGGCCCUAACUCUUAUAAGGGAGAAACAGGAGGAAAGAAAUUUGUAAUAAAAAUAAACUGAAUUUCAAUAUGGAAAUGCUCAGGCAUGACUAUGCUAUACAACACCAUGAGGUAGAUAUUUACCUCUACUUAGAGUGAAUAGGGUUGGAUUUAAGAGUCGAUCAGGGCUGCUUCCCGUGAAGAAGUACAGGAAAAGGAGAGAGAAGUAGUACAGGUGACACUAGAAUGAAGACCAGUGUUAGAGUUAAGCCAUAACAGACCAUACACCUUAUCCAUAAGGGAAGGUAAGGGAAAGAACGAAAUUUCCUUACUGUAAAUAAGGAUAGUAGGACAAGACAAAUUACAGAUUGUCUAAGAGGAAAACAUUUAUUGUAUUUUCUCAGGCAAGCUGUAGGUCCUACAUAUAUGUCCAGCGGGACAUUAAAGAGUCGUAUAGGUACACAAUAAUUCUUCGUUCUGUGGGGCUGACCCAUGCACUGCAGGACAUGUUAUCCCUGGCUGUGUCCACUGAGUGGCAGUAAUAGUCUCCAAUUAUUAUAAAACCAACAACACAUCAAUUUCCAAACUCGCUGGUGAGAACCACUGACUCAGUUAAUAUCCAGCAUCUUCAGAUCAGCUUGUUUACCGCCAUGAGGAGUCCUAUAGAUUAGAUUGGACCUUUGCCUCCCAGAUCCCCAGUUUUUAAAAUACGGUGUGCCUUGCUGUGUUCAUUGUUAGCAUCUAUCCAACCUUGAAGCCGUCUGCUUUCUGCAUUAGAAUGUAAGCUCCUUGAGGGCUGAGUCAGGCUGUCUUGUUCACUGUGCCAAACCUCCUAACUAGCCGAGUGCUUCAUACGCUGAUAACAUAAAUUUUGUUGAA